AUGACAGACCACAACCAGGAUAUCGAUGAACUGAACCUCCCCAUAGCGCUGAGACGCACGCGCCGAACUGGGACUGGAACUGUGCGCCGCACUCCUGGUGUUUCCGGUGUAGGGCGGCGAAGUGCGAUCAAGAGGAAUCCCUCAGUCGCAUGCACAAGAGAGGUAUCACCACCUACCCCCCCGACUACACCACGGCGAGACUGGAAGAAUAGGAUAACAAAGACCGUCACCGUCCGGGGCAACAAAACACACUUGCAACUUUCUUCGGGCGCUGUCAAUGGUUUGGUGGAAGACGAGCUCUCAUCAACUGGGUUGACACCCAUGGUCCGGCGCACAUCGUUGCAACCCCCCUCCCCAGCGCCAGGCUCCUCAAAGUGCACAUAUAAGAAUGACAACACAGCCACGCCAUCUCCUCGACGGUCUGCUCUCACAAAGUUAGUAUCAACACAGCAACCCAGCACCUCCAACCAAGCAGAUCGUGGCACCGAAACUGCCUCUAGCCACAUUCUCCCCCUUCGCCAGAGCCACCACAAGCGCCACACCAUCCAGACCCACCGCAGCGCUUCUCUGAGCAGCACUUCAGGCGAGGAGAAGAUGAACCGCGCCUACACCGAAUGGCGCAAGAGGGAGAGGGAAGCGCAGGAGGAGAUUGAAAGGCUCAGGGCUGAGUUGAAGGAGAAGAACGAGACGAUUGAAAGGUUUCAUCAGGACGACGAGACCGUGGAGUUGGAGCUCGACGGUGGGAUGGUGGACGCUGAGAGGAACCCUGCGAGGUCACGGGAGUUGGAGAUGGAGAGAGAGAAGGCGGAGAGGCAGACUGCUGUUCUUCAACAACAACAACAACAACCACAUUCCCCAGAAACACCUAAUAAUCUGACCUUUCACACCGCGUUGUCAAUGAGGCAGGGUGAAGAUCUGAGGGGGAAUGAAGGGGAAGAUAGACAACAGCAGUACAUGGCUUUGAAUCACCAUCACCGGCAUCACGACCCCGGCUCAGGAUCAGAAACGGAAGCUCUUAGCUUGACAACCUCGCAAUUCAGCGAGGCUAUUCGUGCCCGUCUGGAUUGUAGCACACCACCUCCCUCGGGCAGUCGAGCACGUCAUCAUCGUCUACUUCCGACGACAACAACAGCAGCAACAGCGACAGCAGCAGGACCAAGACUCUUUCCUACCCCACCCACCACCGGCCCUAUGACCAUGGCUAUGGCCACGGCUACCGCUAGGGCCAUAAUACCCAUCAACAACUUAACCCCAGGCACGGAACUCCCUAUAACACCAUGCUCCAACUCCCGACAUGGAGCAAGGUCGACAUCAAGUUCUUCGAGACGAACAUCGGAAGCCACCACCAUUCACAAUCUCCACCAUAACCACAACGGCAUGAACGAGGAGGAGGCCACACCAACCCGAGCAUUAAACAGAGGAGGAGGCCCAGAAGAACAACAACUCCAUUCCGAAAAAAUCGCCACCCUCACCACCCAAAACACCACCCUGCAAGCCUCCCUCUCCCGCGCCCAAAGCUCUCUGCGCGUAGCUUUGCAACUAGUCAAGAAACUCGAAAUCGAAAGCGAUCGACUGCGCGGCGAGACGCUCUUACUCCAGCGGGAAAAGAGGGAGUUGUUGGAGGACGUCAGGGAGAUGCGCUCAGACAGAGAAGUGGUAAGGGAAAGAGUCAGGAGCGCGCUGGAGAGAAGAGAUGAAAUGUGGAAGGGGCGGAUGAAGAUGCUGGGGGAGGGGAUUGUGGAGGGAGUCAGGGGUGCUUUUGAGGAGGUUAUUGAAGAUGUGUUGAUGGAUUCGGGGGUGGAGGGGAUGGAUGAGAUGCCAGGAAGAGAACCAGAGGGGCUGCCGACGGCGCGGAUGUCGAGGGAGAAGAGAAAGAGAGGGAGGGAAGAGGAGGAGGAGGAUGCUGAUGAGGAGGAGGAGGAGGAGGAGGAUCAGGUCCACGAGGACAUGCAGGAGUGGGAAGGUGGAGAUGGUGCAAGUUGUGAUUUGGGAGCUGGGAACUCAGGUGCUGGUGGGAGUAGUGGUCGCGGUAGUUAUGAUGAUGGGCUUGAGGAUAUAGAGCGCCGGAAUAUGAGGGUGAGGGAAAGGAUGAUGAGAAAGAGAAGGAGGAGGACCAGUGGUUUCGGUACGGAGGAGGAGGAGGAUGCAGAUCCUGACGCUUGA